AGACUGUGAGAAACUCCAGCCAGACCAAGACCCACACAUUCAUAUGGAGAUGUGGGACUAUAAAUAGGAGGGAUGAAGCCAGCAGAGAUCAGAUUCUCUCUACAGAGACCUCUACAGCACAGAGAUCCAGACAUGGCACCUACAAUCACUGCAGCAAUGACCAAUUCUCAGGAGCAUCUGACUCUGACCCACAAGCUCAGAAAGCCUCUGGUGGAGAAGUUACGCAGAGAGCGAAUCAACAGCAGCAUUGAGCAGCUCAAGUCUCUCCUGAGUCCAGAGUUCCUCAAACAGCAGCCAGACUCCAAGCUGGAGAAAGCAGACAUCCUGGAGAUGACAGUUUGUGUCCUGAGACGGCUGCAGCAGCAGAAUCAACUUGUGGACUCAGCAGCUGUCGGUCAGGGCUAUUCCAGAUGUGUCCAAGAGGUGACACACUUCCUGUCCAAAGAGCAGGUGAAGACCCAGUCCCAGAGAAGACUGCUGAACCACAUCAACAAGCUGCAGUCUUCCUCUAAUAACAACCUGAGAGAGGCUGACUUCUCUCUUCUGAGCUCCACAGUCCAGACCAGCAUCACCAAAGAGAAGAGUCCAGUCAACAGCAGCGUCUGGAGGCCGUGGUAGACAUCCCAAGGACUUGUACAAAAGUGAAGCUCAUGAGCGAAACGAGCAAUUGUACUUGUACUCUUGGACAUUUAACCUUGUCCUUAUUCUUGUAGUAGUCUCAUUUUGAGUUCCGCAAUGUUUAACUUUUAUUACCUUUUGUAAGGAUCAUAUUGUGUAUUUCUGUGAUAUUUGCAGGUUGGCUAUUUUGUAUUUCUAAGGUAGUCACUUAUUUCUGAUUCAGAUGUUACUCUGAAGUAAAUGUUAUUGUUCCGAAUGGGAAUGCCUCUAUAUUGUCAGCGUCACUGACAAUGAUGCAUGUACUUUUUCUCCAUCUUGGAGACACAGUUAUCCAUGUUGAACAUGUUUCAGACCUAUAUGUGAUAUUCACAUAUUCUGUUUAUGGAAAUGUCCUCUCCGGUUUAUCUUUAAACAUCUCAAUUGUCUGCAUUUUUAGCCGAUGAGUUUUGUGUGUUCACUAAGACAAAUGUGCUGCUUUGUAACUCUGUGAGUGACAGCACUCAUACCUUCAAUGAAGGCCUUGUUGUUU